AAAAUACAAAAUUUGCAUAAACUUAAUUUGCCAGACAACAAACUCUUUGGGUCGAGUUGUUUCGUUGUCAGAUUCAUCCUAGCCAGGCUGAUUGACGAGAAAAAUGGUUGGUUGAUUGAAACACCACUGUAAAUCUACCUCCAAGAGGAGGUUAGCUUGUUCUCGCACGCGCUUAAACAUGGCGGAUCACUUGGAACUUGUUGCUGAAAUUCCGAAGGUGGAGAAGUUGUCAGUUCAAGAUCGCCUAGAACUCGCAAGAAAGCGCCGAUCUCAGCAACUUAAACGAUGGGAUAGAGAUAAAGAUAAAGAAAUUGGUCCUCCACCGCCGAAAAAGAAACCUAUGCGAGCAAGGCCAGUGAAAUUCGAACCAAGGAUAAUUCUCCUCGAGGCAGCUUCGCGAGGAGACGUCGACGAAGGUUAGUUCGACUUAGUUUAAAGUUGUAUUCCGUGGAGUUUUAAUUGUUUGAAGGUAGUUAUGUGUGGAGAUUUUUUAUUAAUUUCCAAAGUUUAAAUUAUUGAUGUUUCUUAUACAGUAAAAACCAUGCUCGAUUAUGGAGUAGACCCAAACUUGGCCAACGACGAUGGACUAACCGCUCUUCACCAAGUAAGACUAAGAUUUAUUUAGUUGUUUAUGGUACGUAUUUUAUUUUUACUCAGGGAGAACGCAUUAAGAUGUGAUAUUUGUGAACUAUUUUCCAAACUGCUCUAUGUUUAUUUAGGCUUAUUAAUCAAAGCAAAUUUUGUUUGUUUUACUUUUGAGACAAAUCGCUUUAUCAAGUAAAAUUUCAUCGCAAAAAAUUAAUUAAUACUUGGAAUUUUCUUUUGUUUAUAAGCCCAUAUCCUUUUUUCACAAUAUUGUACUAUUCAAACAAAGUCUAAAUCUCUGUGUAGUGAGAAUAUGGUUAGAUUAGAUAAAUAUGAUGCUUAAAUAAUUUGGUAGAGCUAAGAAAAAGAUAAAGUGCGUCCUUCGAGCACAGUUCACUCUGUAAAGACCGAAUCAACUUUCCGUGAUUUGAAGAUAUGAAACCGUUUUCUGGCUACUAACUUAUAUAUGUGGUGGUUUUUCCGCUCGAACGCCUUUCUGUCUUAUUGUAAAUUUAUUUCUUUGUGUUUGACAGUUUAGGUUAGAUGUAACCACAGACUUCUUGAACUAUGAUUGUUCAGACUAAAACGCGACCUUUGGUCAUUAAAACACACAAUUAACGAAAAAAGUUGAUUUAUUUAUGGCAAAUGCUGAUUGAUGCGAAAUUGUUCAGCUGAGCACUCACUAUACCCUGGAUGCAACUUUUUACAUGGCUUAUUUUGGCGUAGUGAUGGUGGCUUUUAAAGAGUAAUUUGAGACUUUUUCAUCACGUUUUGUGACUCUCUCUGUCCGUUACGUAAACGAAAAGUAUGGGGUUCGUUUACUCCGUGCUAAAUUUGUGGCAAUGUCAUUGUUUUUAUUAUUAAUAGUAGUAUUAUCAGCAGAAAUAUAGGGUUUUCCCUUGGGAAACAAUGUCAAGUCUCGACCCAACCACCUAACUUUCCCAACAUGAUUCUCACAAUCCCUCCGAGUUUUAAGAGCCAUCAGAUAUGAAACAGUUGCAGCGGCCCUGUUAGGGGGUUACCUGUGUCACCAGUCUGAAUUUCAAAACCUGUCAUUUCCCACAUUUAGGAGGAAGCUAUGUCUCUGUUGGUAUUUUACUAUUGUAUUUUUGCUUAAUUUUCUCUGGCCCUUUCGCCUGACUUUGUGUCGUUUGUCACCAAUUUUGGAUUUUACCCUUACAGCGCCUUGUUACAUUUCUGUAAGUGCUCAGCUAGAUAAGUAUCUUUUUGUUUUGUAGUAGAAUAGGCCAUUUUACAGUUAUGGAUAGAAGCGAGGCUGAGGGUGACCUUGUUUUGAUACAAACCUUCUUUGCUUUGUUAUGGAAAUUGUUCUUGAAAAAUAAUAGUUAGCAUAAGAAUAACUUGAUUUACAUAAUAAAGCAGAAAGGUUUGUAUCAAAACAAGGUCACCCUCAGUCUCGCUUCCAUACACAACUGUAAAAUGGCCUAUUCAUUUCUUUAGUAUCCAGCAACAUUAUAGAAUGGCUCCUCAAAGAGCUGUCCUGUGACUUACUUGAAGGUAUUUUUGCUAUCUGAAAAAGUCCAUAGAUAUGCCUAAUACUCGAAUGUCGAGAUUGCUUUUACUCACAUGGUUAGGAGCUAUGGUGUUUUUUUUAUGCUGGAAUGCAUCAUCUUCUAUAACAUUUACGAGAAUGUGGGUAUUUUUCAUCGCUCUCUUGUCAACAGUCAGUGAUCUGACCAAUCAGACAGAUCAUGAUACCAGAAUCUGGUAUCAUGGAUGGGCGACAUCAAAACAAAGACUAUAGGCUGCCCCGUCUAUUUUUCUCCCCAGGCCACACUCUUCUUGCUUUCCUCGCCAAUGUUUUUUCACUCUGCUCCACUUGGCUAUCUUAAAACAAAAGAAAGUUUUCUCUUGAAAGAAGAGUUCAAUUCCCGUGGGAUUGUUUUGGUACAUCGAAAUCAACACUGUUUCAUUUUUUUAGUAUACCAAUGAGGCCACCUUGACUGAAAAUAGCCAAGUGGCUUACAGUAAAUUUACAUAUAUCAUAAUUUUUUCUGUUAAUUAUUCAUUGCUCAGAGACCAUUUAGUUCACCGCUUGUGUGUUCAUAUGACAUAAUGUGACUGCACGAUGCGGUGGUUAUGUCAGCCCACAAAUGACCUGCUCAUCACUAGAGUUCUUAGUAGCUCAGUUGGUAGAGCAUCCAACCAGAGUCUGGAAGGUUGUGGGUUCAACUCCUACCUCGAACUCAGAAAUUUUUUCUGAGUUCUUUUCUCCACACAUAUCACUUUGUCUGUAACUUAUCAUAAUUUAAUUUUUGUAAUUUCAAAAGGCCUGUAUUGAUGAGUGUGACGACAUUGCUGAACUUCUGGUGGAUUACGGUGCUAACAUUGAUGCUGAAGACAGAGAGUUGUGGACACCUCUGCAUGCCUCUGCGGCAUGUGGAAAUGCUCCAAUGGUUGAAUACUUGGUGGAACGUGGGGCCAAUGUUGUUGCUCUCAAUUUGGAUGGAAACUUGCCUGUUGAUUUAGUGGAAGAUGAUGAGGAUCUUAAGAACUACUUGUUCAAAGAAAUGGAUAAGCAUGGUAAGGUGAUUUGUCAUAUUCCGAAAGUAAUGCCUCUUCUGGAGGAUAAACCUUGGUUUCCCUUAUUGGAUUACUGCAAAUGGGCAGGAUGAAGCAAACCCUUUGUUUUUGCUGGCUACUUGAGCAACAAAUAGUAGACUUAUCUUCAGGGCUCGAAAAAAACUUGAAUUCAAACUUGUCCUCUGGGCCAUUAGCUCUUUGUUUGCCUGUGGCAACUUCUUACUUGUCUUAGUUUAUGAUUUUAUUAGAGGAUGACUUGCACGGGGCAAGUAACGUUUAAAAGCAAGAAAAUCUUCUCAUCCCAGACUAUCAGACAGGUCUUUUUUCCAGCCCUGUACAUGCCGCCUGUUCAGGAUUGCUUGAUUUUUCAACCCUCCACAGGCAACCACCUCCCUAACAUGUCAGCAACCACCUUCCAUAAUUAUUAAGUGACCACCUCUUCAAAACACAGGGAUCGAAAUUGUGGCUGAUACAGUCACCAAUGUCACAGCCAUUUUUUUCCUUGGUGACUAAAAUUCUGGCUUAGUUUACAUUAUACAAACUUGUGUCUAAAAAAUUCGACUCUGGCGACUAUGUUUCUCCAGUCAGUUGCCAAAAGGCGACCUGAGGAGUUUUUUAAUUUUGAGCCCUGAAAACACCAAAAUUUUUCCAAGUCAAUGCCUUCAUUGAAGACUCUCUUGUAAACAACUACCAGCACCUCCAGGGUGCAAAGAAAGUCAUUUUUAAAGCUUACAUUUGGGCAAGCUUAAGGUAGCAUAUACUAGCCCAAACAUAAUUUCAACUAGCCCCAAAUACAUCUUGAUGAGCAGAAUUGAUUUCACAGUUCUUCUGUAAUUUGAAUUCCUAAAAAAACUUCACUUGCCCGUCGGGCAAGUUAAUAACAGAAUUCACUAGCUUAAUACCAAAAUCCACUAGCCCCGGGCUAUCGGACACUACUUUCUAGCCUGCAUGUGGGCUAUUUAUUUUUUAAUUUCAUCCCUCUUGAGGUGUCAAGAUACUAUCCAACAGGAGCAAAGCAUUAUUAAUGUAAGCAAAAAAUCUGACAGGAAGUUUCAGGUGGAGUUUUUGUGUGAAACUGCAUCAGAGGUCAAAUCCAGUCAGAAAAAAAAACCUUAGAAACUAAUAUGCGUGAAACAGACCACCAUCAUCUCAACAAGCUGCAAAAAUAACAUUUGCUAAAAGUCAAAAUUAAAAAUUCUCCAUAACAUUAUCUGCCUGUUAGAAACAAGCAGCUUUUAGACAUGAUUUAAAAGUCAUGCUAGCGUACUGACACUUUUAUGACUAUGGAGAUGUUGAUGUACAAGCUCAGCCAGACAGAACUGCAUUUGCUUAUUCCAAUUUAAGAAUCCUUCAUAGCAUAAUAAUUGUGCCUGCUGGAAAGAAAAUUAUUGGACCAAGUAACAAUUUCACCAUUUUCAUAUGAGGCAAAAGUCAUGCAGGCCUACCGAUGCUUUUUAUCAUUAAGUUUGAGAUGUGAACGUUUAUGCCCGGUGUCCUGCUUCUGUCAUGAUGUAACCUGUUGAAGCCUGUCACUUUUAACAAUUAAAUCACUGCAUUCAUCAGUGAAUGUAGAGAAUUCAAAAAUUAGUAGCCCAUCUGCAGACUUACUUUAUCUGGAGUGCUGACAGCUCUGCCACCAAAUUUUUUCCUAAACUCACACAUGUGAGCUUGCUGGCAGGCUAUGUCAGGACCUCACCUUGGAAGAGACACCCUGUGGUUUGAUACUUGUAAUGACCACCUCCUGUAAUAUUAUUGUUACUGAUAUUGUCCAAUCCUUCAGGCUUUGAUGAAAGCAAAGUUGAUGAGCUAGCUUUAUUGAGAGAAAAACAGAUGCUUGAAGACAUAAAAGAUGCAAUUGAAAAGAAGAGGGAUUUAGAAGUUAAAGAUAUGGAGGGUGCAACAGCAGUAAGUUUUCUUGAUAUGAAGUGUUUAGACAGCCGUUUACCUGUAUGUCAAUAACCUUUUUCUGAGUUUUGAAUUGUGGAAGGACAUAAUGUUGUUUAUAACCUACAUAGCCAUGUUGAGGUUCAAUCAAGCUCUGGUUCAUCUGAUAUCGAUAGCUUAGUUUCCUUUUUCAAAAUACAGUAACACUGAAAAACUAGCUCAAAAUAAGAUUUUAAGCAGGUAUAAAAUUGAACCACAAUGAACAAUGCCAUAGACAUUUUACAUUUUGGGACAGCUUUUCCAACGUCAACAUUUGCCAUGUUAGAUUAUGGAAUGCAGGAAUAGAUUUAACUAUUUAUUUUUUUCAUUGUAAGCUGCAUAUUGCUGCUGCCAAUGCAUAUGAGGAAGUGCUGGAGUUCUUGCUGGAGAAUGAAGCUGAUGUUGAUGUUGAGGACAAGGAUGGAUGGAAGCCUAUCCAUGCUGCUGCUUGUUGGGGAAAUGUGAGAUUUAUUAAUUCUGUUAUGCUUGUUGCUUAAUCUCUGUUCCUUGUCAAAACUCUUUUAUUUGGAUAUCAAUGUAGUAAAUAUUUGAAAAUAACAGUCACUCCAGGUCAACUAAACUCCUAUAAAGUCAUCAAAUUGAAAUCUGUGUUCCUGCAUACAUGCGUAAUGAGCAGUGAACUUUUGGCUACAACUUCUCAGUGUUCAGUCGGGUGAAAACAUUUUUGAAUGGAUUAAAUUACCAUGGAUACGUUUAUUUCAAAUUCAAGAAAACUAAGCUCUCAGAAAUUCCAGAACUACCUCACGUGUGAAUUCGCUACUAAUGCAGAAAUCCAGAGAUGAAUCUGAAAUCAAUCAAGCCUAGCUUCCACAUUAUGCAAGUUGAAAAUGUGUCUGUGUUGCCCUCAGGCAUAGUUUUUAACCUUUUUGACCUAAUAUCUGGAAUCUUGGACAAAAUAGACAGAACAAUAAUAUUAUUAUUGAGACUCCCUUCAAAUCAAGAAAAGGGAAGUGGUGCAUUUUGUCCUUCGCCCAACUUCAUCUUUAUUCCUGGCAAAGCAGGGUUUCCUCUUCUUUUUUGUUUUGUCUAAAAUUGUGGGUAAUGGUUUGUGCUGUCACCUUAUUUAACUUCGUAUUGAGCAUGUUUUGUUGUCUUUUUAUGUCAAACAGGAGAAAGCAAUUGAGUUACUUGUGCAGCAUGGAGCUGAUCUGGACAGUCGAACACCUUAUGGUGAAUCUCCACUAGGUAUGGGAUGACUGCGUUACCUUAUGACACCUUGAAAACCAUGUGGCUAGUUUAGGAAAAUGGUGACAAAUUGUUUGGUUGCAAAUUAUGUCCAUCCAUUUAUUGAGUAAAAUGCUUCAAAAAUUGAUUUUAAAAAAGGGGUAAUUUUAAAUUCUACUAUCAAAUUACAAAAACCAUGAACUCCUUAAAUGUGUCUGGAAUGUGUUUUUUGUCAUCUGGCAAAGGUAAUCAGGUGUUUGCUGGUCACAUGAUCUGCCAAUACCAUAUGCCCUAUAAUAUGGCAUUGUUCAUGAGGUUUUUUGGAGUUGCUGUACUAAAUGAGUUUCCCCAUGUUCAAGUUUCCUUAGUUUUAUUUAGAAUACACAACAUUAAUUAUAAUUAGUGUGCAAUGUAUUUGUGUGUAUUUAUCUCCAUUAUGAUUGGUCAUAAUAUACUCAGGACUGUCUAAGUCGUGGGGCUAAAUGUUUAACUCUUUAAGCCCCAAUAGUGACCAAUAUCAAUCUCUCCUAACAAUAUCAAUACAUACUCAAGAGAAAAGGUUAUGAGAAAUAAUAAAUGAUCACAAAAGGGAGAAUGCUUUGAUCUUUUAACAAGUUCUCUCAACUCAUUCCACAAGAAAUGUACAGAGGGCAGUCUGGAGAAUUUGCAUGUGGAUAUGUCGGGGCUUAAAGGGGCAAGCAGUCCCUCUAUUGUUGUAUGAAAAGGAUUAAACUGUAUUACAUUUUGAGUUAAUGUUUUUUACUCUUUUCUUUUAUGUUAGACUUAUGUGAAGAUGCUGAUACAAGACAAUUUAUCAUGGACUUAAGAAGUAAAGUGAAGACAAACAAAUUUAAAGUAAAGAACAUUCGCCGAAAGAGGAACAGUUCAAGAUCGUAAGUUAUUAUUUCUUUUUCUUCCCUUUGUUAUCUACAUAAUUUUAACUCACUUUUAAAAGAUAAUUCUGAAACUCAACUAUUCAGGCAACAAUAUUUUCACAAUGUUUGGAAAAAUAUGAAAUAAAAUUAUGUUCAUAAUCGAUUCACCAGCACACCACUAAAAUAAAGAAGCACAAUUAAACCUUGAACUUAACUGUUUAAAAUUUUUUUGUAAGCGCUCUAAAAACUGUCUAUUCNGGGGCUUAAAGGGGCAAGCAGUCCCUCUAUUGUUGUAUGAAAAGGAUUAAACUGUAUUACAUUUUGAGUUAAUGUUUUUUACUCUUUUCUUUUAUGUUAGACUUAUGUGAAGAUGCUGAUACAAGACAAUUUAUCAUGGACUUAAGAAGUAAAGUGAAGACAAACAAAUUUAAAGUAAAGAACAUUCGCCGAAAGAGGAACAGUUCAAGAUCGUAAGUUAUUAUUUCUUUUUCUUCCCUUUGUUAUCUACAUAAUUUUAACUCACUUUUAAAAGAUAAUUCUGAAACUCAACUAUUCAGGCAACAAUAUUUUCACAAUGUUUGGAAAAAUAUGAAAUAAAAUUAUGUUCAUAAUCGAUUCACCAGCACACCACUAAAAUAAAGAAGCACAAUUAAACCUUGAACUUAACUGUUUAAAAUUUUUUUGUAAGCGCUCUAAAAACUGUCUAUUCUCAAGGAAAAGUCAUCAAGAAAAAUAGGUGAUACAUUAUAAAUUUCUGUGAUACUGAACUUGGUUCAAAUGACAGAUUGUGUGGGGUUGUAGUGCAUUAUAUUGUCAUUAAUAACUUGCGUGUCAGUCUUAGCCAUUUCAACAGAGAGCUUAAGUAACCAGGAUGGCAAUGGCAGCAAAAGUUUUACUUUGAAAGUGAUUUUGUGCUGUUUCAUACUACAUUACUCUCAUCCCAUUUCAUUCCAUUUGUCAAAUGGUGAGGAAUUUUUCUGGAGUUCAUCCUAAAGGGUUGUAUCUAAGUUCAGAAAAAGAAAAAGAAAAUUGUUGUCUUGUGUUCAUGUCCUCCAGAAAACAAAACUAGGAAGUCUCAAGUUGUAGUCGUGUAACAACGGUAAAGCAAUAUACAAAAAAGCAUGAUGCACGUGCAGAGUUGUUGUUUUGCCAUUCUAACCCUAUUGCUUUUUCGCUGCUCUCAUUGCCAUUGCCAUCAUUUUUGCUUAAGCCCUGUUGUUGCUCUUGAGACUGGAUUGGUGUACUGUGGUGUCAAGAAGGCCAGUUUGUAGGUAUUAAAAUUCAUGGUCAGAGGGGUACAAAACAAAUGAAAGCAUGUUGAGUUUCAGCGAGGAAUAGUGAAUUUGUUUUGGUUUAUUCCCCUCAGCCCCAGAGACGAGUGAAUUUUGAAAAUUGCAAACUGACCUAUCGAACUUAGGGACUGUUCUGGGGGCCCAAUUUUGACCUACUUUUUUGCGACUUACCCAAUGACAGCCCCAAAACAGUCCCAUUGUCCAAUUCAACACAACACUGGCCCAGUCUUGCGCUUAAAAUCAAAAUCGCCCAUGUGUUGAAAUUUUUUUGACAUGUUUACCUGACACUACUUUUCUUUUCAUUUAUGUUUAGGCUGUCUGUCAAGCGUUCAAGCCUCAAGGACAAGAUAUCAAUUUCUCAGAAUGAAGCCAAGGCAGAGGCAAUCCUGCGACAGCAUCCCGAGCUGGCCUUCCUGAUCAAGGUAAUGCAGCUUAGUCUGGUGUCAAACUGCAUCUGCCUCUACAAACGAGUCAGUUAUGCUGUAUCAUGUCUGUUGCUCACCAUUUGCACCCUUGCUCAACCUGUAUAUGAGUCGUACAAGCCUGGUCUUACCAGUAAAUAGACUCCCUUACUACAAUUUCACUCACAUUCUGAGUGACAAAGCAAUAAUGAACACUUGAGGAUGACCCUAAAGGAAACAGCAAGUUUUGUUUGGGUGACAAAGCUCACUGUUUCUCAUGGGACCUCUCGUGAAGUGUUUUGUUAUAACCUCCCAAAUUUAAAACGGCAAAUAAAUAAUUACUGGUUGCGGCUGUCCCAAAUUUUAAGUUACAUGACCUGGUCAUGAGCGGGUUUAGAGUUCCCUAGGGACAUGAUUGUUGGCUUUUGUUCGCCUUGCUUUGAUGCAUGGCAUGUGAUACGUUCUCUUCCAGUCGAGAAAAGCGCUUGAGUUUGGAGGUAUGACAAUUUGUCUCGUUGCCCUCAAACGAUGUAAGUUUACUGCUUAAACCAAUCGUACAAUUGAUUAUUAUUCUUUCAAUAUUCGUAUGAUUUAAACCACUUAAAUCUAACUUUCACGUCUGGUAAUAAAAGGAAGUAAGAUAGUGUUUUCUUCAUUUCAUGUAGAAGGAAAAGAAAGUAGCCAACGAGGAACCAAGGGCAAUGGACGUGAGUGAAGAAGACAACAAAAGAAAAUCUAUAGACGAGUCAAGAAUAAAACCUAAAGAACAGUCACCUGUACCAGGGAGAAGACAAGGAGAGGAGAAACGACCACUAGCGGGUAACGAUACAACGAUGGUAGAAAUUUCUAUGACAAGAAAAUAUGAAAGAACAUUGAAUGGUGAAACCAAAGUAGUCGGUAUUACAGGUCAUGAAAAGGAGACUAACACAGUGGCUGAUGUAACAAACAAUUUAUCAAAAGAUGCAAAACCUAGUGAAACUGUAACAAAAGGAAAGGAUGUUGCGGGAAGAAAGGAAGAAGGUUUAACAGAAAAUGUUCAAUACAAAAGCAGGACUGUUACGACAGCGCAGGUUGUACAAGAGAAAACUACAUCUAAAAUAUCUUGUCCGCCUCCUCGCUCUCCAGCGCAAGGUCGCCGUCAGCUGCCAGCUGAUCCCUCCCUUAGGUUUCCACAAACAACGAAAGAAAAUAUCGUGAUUAAAAGUAGUCACAGCAAACAAGAAGUUGUGGAAAGAAAUGAACAAAGAACUCCGUCAGCUAAACCUUUAUCGGAGCUUAAUGUCCACUCUAACACAGCGCAACAGUCUGUUACAGGAAUACCUAAAUUAACAAAAACACAUGCUACACCGCCAGUACCAAUGCCUCGAUCUUCUGGAAGCAGUAGUGCACCAAAUCAGCGGUUAUCUGGUACUGCAGGCGCACCUGUAGCCAUGCCACGAUCGUCUGGAAGCACGGGGGGAAGGCAUCAGUCUCAGCAACCUGACACUUCAGGCUACCCUGAUGCUUUCAAUAAGAGAAAGUCUAGAGAGUCACGGGAAAUUUCGGAUGCUGCAUUGCAUCAGUUAGGUAAGUUUCUUGUAGUCCGUGUAUCUCCAGCUUCGAGUCCUUGUCAGUUUGGCGAGAAUCUUAGCACCUAUAAACCACCCCUUUUGUAAGAUGACUUUUGCGCACUAUUGCAGGUUUUUUCGGUAUUUACACACUGAAAUUUAGAUCGUUGAUUCAACUGGUAUGUUUAUCGUUGGGGAACUAAUGUUAAAUCCGUUUUGUGCUUCAAUUAUGCAUUGAAUCUUAGGGCAGCCACAGAAUACAGGGCCUCAGAGGUCCACCUUGUCGGAAGGCUUUGAAGAACAAGUCGUGCAACGUUAUAAGUUUGUAUUAUUUAAUGAUGUGUUAUUACUGGCCCUGUGAAAAUAGGUAGUUUCAUGCAGAAGAAUUAUUUUGGACAGUUUCUGUCUGCUUGAGAGAUUGUGAUUUUGAAUCGGCCGUUUGACGUUUACCGUGACCGUGAUUCUAAAUCCCUUCUGUAACGAAAUGUCAAUGUAAACUCACAAGCUUGUUAUCGUAAAACCUUAGCCAAAGACAUCAAGAGUUCGAAGGCAGUAUCACCAGAAGAUGUAAAGCUCUCUUCGCAAGCUGUGACAGCAAAAUACGAACCCAAACCCACCACACCUCCAUCUGCAAUCAAGCACGACAGUGCACCUGCGACUAUUGACGUCACAUCUGAGACAAGUCAAGCAAAACAAACAUCAGAAGCUAACAAUAAAAACAGCAAUGUGAAUGACACGUGGGAAGAGCCAAAGAAAACUUUUAGGCAGCCAAAUGAUGUCACAGUGGAACGAGAAAAGAAAACGUGUUGUGUUCUGAUGUGAUAAAGAGACAAUGACAUCAGUAAUUCAGAGAGACUGCAAGAUGGACAUGUUCGUUUGGUUUUCAUUGACAGGAAAUGAUAGGCCGGCAAAAUGGUGGAAAGUCUUAUACGUGAAGCAAUCAGAGGCUGGGUGUGAUUGAACAGAUCACAGUUAAGAUAAAGAUUCAGAUAGAAGCAUUUCAGCAUUUGAAAGCUUCAAAACUGAUUUAGCAAGGUUAAGCAAAGUUGUUCUUGAAUUAAGAUGGUUUUUAGUGAUCCCGAUUCACUUGUAAACAAAUGUCCUCGCUGAAACGUAUAUGGAAAUAAAUUCGAGACCAAGAAGAGGUUUACACUUGAUGGGAUUUAAAGUUUCCCG